GACAGGAAGAGCCGAGGCGAGCGCACAGGGCACGGUGCGUCAAGCCAGCGAGCACAACGCCGGAAAUCUGGUGGUUUGGACUCCGAAAUGAGAAGGUAGGCUGGGUGCACUACAAGACAAACGUCUCACCGCACGCGGAUCAGUGACGGUUUAAUUUUGAAAGCGCACACCGGAAGUUGUGAUUUUCCAUUGUGGCGGAUUGACGGCGGCAGCGGGAGCGCACCGUGUCUACUUGAACGAACACGGGGAGCCUUGCACAAGGACCGGCGGGGCUGUCGUCGGGGAGUCACCAUGUCACAUUACUAAUGCUGGGUCUGGGUCCGAAACGGCUGUAUUUAGACUGCGAGUGCCGGUAGUUGACGACCACGCCCCGUAUCCACACAGAGCAGAGCCGUUGAAAACUGCUGGUGGAGGCGCAGCGGUGUGCGGUUUGAAACCCAGCAGGGCGGCUAGCGGGCUCGGAGAGGAAGCAGGGAGUGCUGGUUGGGGGUGAGACUGUUUGGGAACCAUGAGAGAGUACAAAGUAGUGGUUCUCGGGUCCGGAGGGGUGGGCAAAUCCGCACUGACCGUCCAGUUCGUGACGGGAUCCUUCAUAGAGAAAUACGACCCCACGAUAGAGGAUUUCUACAGGAAGGAGAUCGAGGUGGACUCCUCUCCGUCCGUCCUGGAGAUCCUGGACACGGCGGGGACGGAGCAGUUCGCCUCCAUGCGAGACCUGUACAUCAAAAACGGCCAGGGGUUCAUCCUGGUGUACAGCUUGGUCAACCAGCAGAGCUUCCAGGACAUCAAACCCAUGAGGGAUCAGAUCAUUCGGGUGAAAAGGUACGAGAGAGUGCCGAUGAUUCUGGUUGGAAACAAAGUGGACCUGGAGGGGGAGAGGGAGGUCUCGUCCGGUGAGGGGAAAGCACUGGCGGACGAGUGGAACUGCCCGUUCAUGGAAACUUCAGCCAAAAAUAAAGGCUCGGUGGACGAACUAUUCGCAGAGAUAGUCCGACAGAUGAACUAUGCCUCAACACCAAAUGGCGACGACCAGUGCUGUUCGUCUUGUGUCAUUCUUUAAAACAAGGACAAUCUUAAAGUUUUGUUCUUUGCUCAGUUUUCAUUUUGCAAUGUGUGUUGCAGGAAGUGUGUACUGUUGAGCUCUUCUUCAUGUCUCACCCUGGCCUUGGAGGAAAAUGAAGGGAGGAAUGCUACAGGGGGACGAGAGGAGGAGGAGGAGGGGAGCAACUGAGAAGGAGGGAGGGGUCCACCACUCUUCAGGAAUUCUGCUGGGUUGGAGUAUCUUCGCUGCACGAUCAGUGUUCACCAUUGAUGUCAACACAGCGUCAGAUCCAGAGUUUCAGCCAUCUCUCCCCCCCUCAUCACCACCAACAACAUUUACCCCCUGGUUCCGAUUGUACUGACGACUUGGAACAAAACCCUGACAGCAAAGAUACGGCGACCAACACUUAGACGCACAUAAAUGGAUAUUUCUAUAUAAGAAGACAGAGGGAUAGAGUAUAUUUUGUUAAAUGACUGCACAGCUUGGGGUGGGUAAAAGAUUUAUUGGGUGAUAUUUCUCCCUAACCCAUUUUGGAGCGAUGUUCCACAACACUCGAAAUCCUAUUUUUUUUUUUUUUUCUCCAAAGUCAAAAGAAAUUGACACCACUCAGCUGUGGGUGGAGUGAUGUGACGAGUGCCACUUUUUUUGCUUCAUCUCCUCUUCGGUGUGUGAGAGGACCUUAACUGAAGUGACAUGGGGACGGGGACCUGUGACUUGACCGCCCUUGUGUCGAGUGCCUUUCCUAAACAAAUCAGCUGUUCAGAUUUAGUGCCAACCCACAUGUAUCACCAAAAGAACCCUUCAACAUGGCAAUCCACAAAGUAGUGAACUGUUUUUCUGGAUAAUCUCAUAGGGGUGGAGGCAGGAAAAAAAAAAAAAUAUACAAGAGGCUUUUUGUUAAUGGAAUGGCGGUUUUCUUUCUGUUUUGAGUUGGCCUUUUAUUGAAGUCUAAGGUG